AUGCAGCUCUAUCCACAUCAAGUCUCUAGACUGUUCUGGAAAGAAUUGUCUGCUCUGAAGAAGCAAUACACUAUUCAAAUUGCACCCAUUGACUACAGAGAGGCUACACUGGUGCUCAACUCAGCCAAAUUUCGAUGUUUUCCUCUCGAUGCACUUAGUGACUUUAGAUUGCUCCGCACUAAUCCUGAAUAUGCUUACUUUGACCGUACACACUAUAUAUCAGUACUUGAGUCCUUUGGAAGCAGAGUACUGCUCUUUUUGCGACCACGACGGUUUGGCAAGUCAUUAACCCUCAGUAUGCUGGCUCACUUUCAUGGGGUAGAAUACAAGGAUUGUUAUGACAAACUCUUCCAGGGCCUCUCUGUUAACAAAGAUGUCAAGGCUGGCAAGGUCAUACCUGGCCAGUACCUCAUUUUAUCUUUCAACUUUUCUGGACUCAACCAUUCAGAUGAUAUAAAGGUUGCUGAAACAGUACUCAACAACAUGAUUAAUAAGUCCAUUGAGCAGUUCUACAACACUUAUGCCUCCUAUCUGGGAAGCAAGACAAGUGAGCAGCUGAUUCAGGAUCUUAUUAUGCGAGAUGAUGCUAUUUCCAGUUUUGCAGAAUGCAUUUCUGUGGUUCAAGAAAAACUCCGAGCUGUUAAAGGAUUUAAUAAUCAUUUGCUUGGUGAUGUCAAAGGGAUUUAUCUCCUAGCUGAUGAAUAUGAUGCUUUUAUCAAUAACUAUCUAAAUCCUGAUGACCAUAGUAAUAGUGCCAGGCAUGCUCUUCAUCAGAAUAAACAGUCAUUGCUUAAAGGCUUCUGGGCUCAUGUGAAGCAAUCCAUGGGUUAUCAACAGAUUGAAAAGUGCUUCAUCACAGGUGUGUUACCACUCUCAAUGGCAGAUUAUACCAGUGGCUUCAACAUUGCAACAAAUGUCUCAUUCAGAAGAGAGCUCUUUGGGCUUUGUGGCCUCAGCCAUGAGGAUGUGCAUGCUGCUCUACAACUGCCUGGUCUCUGUGGCUCAAAUGUCCCACUAGUUCAGAAGCAUUUUGACAUCAUGAAACACUACUUUGAUGGUUACCAUUUCUGUGGAUAUGAUAAAGUCCCACUUAUUUUCAACACCAACACCUGCCUGGAAUAUUUUGAGAGUAUCCUGGUCAAAAAACCUCCUCAGCCAAAUAAUCCUUCAAACUCAGAAACAUCUGAGCAAUUGCUUCAGGUACUUGCUGCCUCACCUGUUGCAACCAGCAUUCUUGAAGAUGCCUUGAGUAAUGAUUUGACACCAGAUGGCAAUUCCUGGCAUGUUCAAAUCCCAUAUAAUUAUAAUGAACUGCGGAGGGAGUUCUGCCUUUCAGAUUUGCACACUGACAUCAUAGAGAGCAAACCUUCAUGGCUGAGCUUCAUGCUCUAUGUUGGAGGUCUUACAUUUGCCAAUCAGAUGCCUGAUAAGCAACUGCAGAUUCCAAACCUAGUUGCUACUGAACGUUUUGCAAGGGCUAUUUUGAACCACUAUCAGCUAUGUACAAGUGAUAUUAAGGAUGCUCUUCAGAAAUUGUCAUCAACUGGAGACAUCUCAAUGCUUUUGGGUUACUAUCAAAGGCUCAUGAGUGAGUGUGAUGUUAGUGACAAUGACCUUGAGAAAUUAGAAGCACAUCAUUGUGACAGCUUUCACUUUACACUUUUCAGGAAUCCACUUUUGCUAGAGGUCAACAGAGAGUUUAACACCACCAAGUCAACUGGAUCAGGUGGACAGAUUGACUUGCUGAUCAAGGCACUACCAACAAACCAUCUAAUAAUUACAGAGUGGAGGGCCAUCAGAAUUAGUUUCCUAGACAUUGAGCCUGCAGCACCAUCAUCAGGUCAAUAUCGAUCAAUUAACUUUCGAAAAGCAUCAAGACUGAAUGUCAUUUCAGAUGUAUCAGCAGUGCUCCAGCUCAAGUUUGCCCCCUAUGAUAAAUUUGGUCGAGCUGGAAAAACUAUUCAUGAAUGGAUUUUGGAGAAGAAUGGGCCAGGUGACCAGCUAGCAGACUACUGGAUCAGUUCUGAGAUUGUUGACUUGCGCAAGACAUGGAAAGCUCUUGCCUAUCUGGUUAUUAUUGUUGGUUCUUGUAAAAUUCUUCUCUGGCAGCUCAGUGAUGAGGGCAAAUUGCUGGGAGAGCCAUUGCUGGCAAGUCAAUAA